AGACGCCGCACCAAGCCGCACGCUGCCGGCACCGCGACGUUGAGUUUACGUUUGGAAACAUGGAGCGCAACUUUCGCGUGAUUAAGACUCGUAAUAACGGACACGUACAUGUCCCCUUAACCAAAAGGUAGCUGUAAUGUCGGCAAGCGAAACUGACCUGUUGCGUGACUGCAAGAAGUACCUCGGGACGAACAUCAAUCAUGUCUUUUCAGAAGGUCGUGGGGUGGUGCGAACGAUGUCGGGCCGAUGGACUGGACAGUCCCAUACAGCUGUACCCGAUUGGACCGCACGAAGCCAUACGGAUGUGCAGCAAUUUGGAUUGUUCAGACAUGGUAAACGGCGAGAUACAGUCGGACAUAGUCAAGAUCGACAUCAUGCCCAUACUGCACGAAUUCUUGCCCGACCCAACCACCCCUCUCACAGACGAGUUGAGUGACAGUGACGAGGAAUUUGACUACUGUUGCAGCAAACUACUCACUUCAUCGUCAAGUGCCAGUCCUUCAGCAGCUUUGGGCCCAAAGGAUCUCAGCACAACACAUCAUGCCUCUGUCACCACCUCUGGCACGGGAAAAGUGGCUACUGAGCCACUGCAGAGAACUUCUAUUGACAUUUGUGAAAAAGCACCCGGUGCAUUAGGUGGCAACCCUUCAUUGGGCUUGCUCUCAGAGGAACACAUUGGCAGAAUAUGUCAAGAUUUUGGUGUCCCCGUCAGUAGUCACAGUGCACAGGUGACUGCCAAACCGUUCAAAGAGCCCACUGUCAGCAUUGGUGACAGCACAUCCACUGCUGCAGUGUGUGCUGAACCUUCAGUGUACGCUAACUCGGUUGAACAUGUGUACAGGGCGUGUCAAACUUCUACCUCCAGCUGUGGUGAUGCGGGACAGAUGUUCAUCAAACGGGUUGAGGAGUCCACCGUCAACAUUUGUGACAGUAUAUCAUGGUGUGCCAACUCUGAUGUGCACAUGGACACAGAGGAGCCCGCUGGCAAUAUUUGUGACAGUGCAUCGUUGUGUGCCGAUUUCAGUUUGUGUGCGGAUGAUGAGGAACCCAGCAGCAACAUUUUUGACAGUGCGUUGCUAUGUAAUGACUCUAAUGUGUGUAUGGAUGCACAAGAGCCCACCAACAACAUUUGUGAGAGUGAAUCGCUCACUGCCGACUUGAGCGUGUGCAUGGAUGCAGAGGAGCCGACCGAAAACACUUGUGACAGUGCAUUGCUGUGUGCUAAUUCUAAUGUGCCCAUGGAUGCAGUGGAGACCACCAGCAAGAUUUGUGAGAGUGUAUCACUGAGCGCCGAUUUAAGCGUGUGCGUAGAUGCAGAGGAGCCGACCGGCAACACUUGUGACAGUGCAUUGUCUUAUACCGACUCUAAUGUGCGCGUGGAUACAGGGGAGACCGCCAGCAACAUUUGUGACACUGGAUUGAUGUGUGCAGACUCUAAUGUGUCCAUGGAUAUAGAGGAGCAUGUCUACAGGACACCUCACAAUUCUUCCGUCACUUGUGGUGAUGCAAUUCGUGUGACUGCUGACAAGGAGAGAGUGCACGUUCCUGCUUGUGACAGUGUGCCAACUCGUUCGUUCAGUGCCGAUGCCGCGCUGCACGUGAACUCACACAAGCAUGGGUCUAGGUCACAUGAUGCUGUCCACAUUCCUAUCACUGCUGUAAAAGCCACAGUGAGGGUGACCGCUUCAUCACCUGACUCGGAUCUUGACGAUCCACCCACUACGCCCCCGAGUGCCUACCUGUCAUCGGCAGUGAAGACAUGGAAAUGGAAUGGCACAGGUGAAGGUCACACUUUCUACACGUCUCUGAUGCCUAAGACGGUGGCAGUGAAGGUUGUCGCUUCAUCAGAAGGGCGUCCCUCUCUCUUUAAGCGUGAAUUGCCCAUUGAUAAUCCAUGCCUAGAGUCAAAGAAAGAAGAACGCAUUGAAAGAACUAGUGACCUGUUCAACUUGCAUCGAAUGGGGAAAGUCCUCAAAGUGAAAAUUGUUGCUACAUCAGAGGUGGAGCCUUCUCCUCAUGGUGUCAGCAAUAACGUUUCAACUCCCACACUCUUGCCAUCAAACGAUAUGAACUCGUGGCUAGAGGUGUUGCCAGAGGAACUAGAGGAUGAAGUAAAUUAUGCAGUUCAAGAGCCAGCUGUACAUAGUAUUCAUGUGCAUGAUCUGGAGAGCACAAAAGAGCCCAUUGUCAUAAUAUCCCCACCUCUACAACCAAACUCACAAACGGAGAUGUAAA